GUGUAUAAAUACUCAAAAAUAAAAAAAAAUAUGGAAAAUUUAAAUAUAACAGAUAAGAAGAAUGAGCAUACGGAGAUUGACAUUGGAAACUUACCAAUUGAAGACAUAGAAAUGAAUUCUAUUGCAGAGGAAGGCAAGUCUUCCAGCAUUCUUAUGAAGAUGGACAAGUACGAGCGAGUUACAGAAAAGGGAGUGCCUCUACUCAAAAGAGUUUCUUUUUCUCUGCCAGAGGGGAAAAUGACAGCACUGCUUGGUCUGAGUGGAGAUGGAAAGUCUACGCUAAUGGACGGAAUGGCAGGGCUGUGCAGUCCCUCGCACAAAACAUACGGAGAGGUGUACGUUAAGGGGAAGCGCGGUGUACUUGAGAAAAGAAAGGCGGAGGAGUGGUUCAGCCGAGUGAACUACACACAGCAGAGCAUGAUUGAGUACAAAAAGAUCCCAGCAUACGAUGUUCUUUGCUCAAUUGCAAAGUGCUGUGGAAAGAAGGUGCAGGAAGUAGACGACUAUAUGUCAAUGCUGAGAAUCUCAAAGGUGAAGAAAGUGCAUUUUAACAACCUGUCUGGGGGUGAGCAAAGAAGAGCCAUGGUCAUUGCAGGCCUGCUUGCACAGAAGGACUUGAAUAUAUGGGACGAGCCACUGACAGGGCUCGACUCAGAAAUGGCGCGUGUGAUUCUUUCCAUCAUGAAGAAGUCGCAGAGCACAAAUUUGGUGACCGUGCACCAGAUUUCCGAGGAUCUGAUGAAGCGGUUUGACCAUGUGAUUCUUAUGCACAAGUCGACUAUUAUAUACUCGGGACCAGCAGGAGAGAUACAGAAGUACUUCACAGAAAAGGGAAUAGAGUUCCCUGCAGACGCAUUUUAUGUGAACUACUUAAUGCAGCUCUGUGCAGAGAACAGCGACAAUCACACGGAUAUAAAGAACAUUGAGAUAUUCAACACACUGGCAAAUGAAAUUCUUCACUCUUCAUGCGGAGAGAAUGCUGGAGAAAAUGUUCUAUUUACAAGAAAGCAGUUAAAGCUGUCCUUCACAAGAAUUAUGGAAAUACUUAAAAGGUCGCUAUAUAUGGAUAGGUUAUUCAAAGGGAGCUCUAUUGUUUUUUGUAUAUUUUUUACUAUACUGUUUAGUAUAAUGUUUAGUAUAAGGAAACUUUCGCUUUUGGGGAAUUGUAAAAAAAUUAAUGAUUUUUAUAGUAUAGCGCUUGGUGUUAAUGUAAGUAGUGCAAUUUUUAUUCCAAAAGCGCUAGAACUAGCUAAGCAGAGAAUAGCUGAACACAGUGAUAUGGAGAGCUAUUUUGUCUAUCUAAGUUCAGUACAUAAAAUGAUGGCAAAUGCUGCAUGGAUAUCUAUUCUUACAAGCGUAUUUAAUCCAUUGAUUUUUAUGGUUGGAUGUGUUGGAGGCUUAAUUUUUCCAAGUAAACUGUUGGAUAUUGACUUUAACAGACGGUGCAGGAGUAAUAUACAAGGAAAGCAGUUUACAGCAGGGGACUUUAUGGGAGCGAUUAUUACUGAUGUUCUACUAAAAAGUACAGCUGUUAUUUUCGUAAUAUUCGUGGUAGUAUAUAUUAUCUGCGUGAAUCAGACAGAUGAAAGUAUAUCAACUGUAAUGACAAUUGGGCACACAAUACCAAUUGUCCUUUUAUUAUUUACAUCCAUUAUAAUAGGCAUGUACUCUAUUAUUAUGAACUUUUCACCAAUCCCGCUAAAGCUAUUUUCUCUCAUCGGUAUAUUAUAUAUAUUUAUAUUCCAGAUAGUGCCUUCUUUUAUAUUCAAUAAUAUGAUCCCAACCAAUUCUAAAUUGGCAGAUACUCAAUUCAAUUACUCUAUGAGUAUCUUUACUAGCGAAAAUAUAGAACUUAUUAGAGAAUGUAUAGACAAAUCUAAUAUGUUUUUUAGUAAUAUUAGCGAUAACAAAAAGAAAAUGGUAUUAGCUUUUGCUAAUCUAGUAUUUAUGCUAUCCAGAGUAUUUAUACUCUUGGACCCAUCAUUAUUUUUCAAUCAGAUCUUAGAAAAAGUAGCAUUAUAUCUGAAUAUGCUUACAAUGGGAACUGAAGCUGGGCCUAAAUCAUAUAAAGUAUUCGCUAAGUGGUAUGCGCACUUCUACAGGUAUUUUAAUUAUCAGGUUUCAGAAUUGAAUGCAGAUAUAGAUGAAUUAAAUAUGAAGAGACACAAACAUUAUUUAAAAAAACUAGUGAAUGGAGUAAGCAGUUAUAGUGAUGGUUUAUUGGGUUGUGACCCUCAUGAAGUUCUUAACAAUGAAGACUCGCUUAUAGGGAUUUCAAUAUGGAGACUUAUGUGGUCUAUACUAAAGUUCUGGGUCUUCCCUGGAAUAGUCCUAAUAGCAGUAUCACUAUACACAUAUAGGCGCAUGCAGCCCAAAAUAAGAAGCUGA